AUGGCCAUCGCCUCCCGUGUCACGAAGCGCGCGCUGUCCACCUUCGCCGCCGCCAAGCUCCCGGAGGAGGCGAUCGCAGCCACCACCGCGGCCGCGGUGCCGUUGGCGUCGUCGGCGCCCAGCGCGUCGUCCGAGCGGACCACCAAGCAGGUACUGCAGUUCGAGGACACCGGGCGGCUGUUCGCGGGGGAGCCGACGUCGGCGCUGCUGCGCACGCUCGCCGCGCUGCAGGCGCUGUCCGUGGGCCCGCUAGUGGACGUGGCCACCGCGGCGCUGCGGUCGCCGGCGGUGGCCGGCAGCGCGCUGGGCCGGGCCGCGGCCAGGGCCACGGCGUACCGGCACUUCUGCGCGGGCGAGACCGCGGACGAGGCCGCGGCGGUCGUGCGCCGGCUGUGGCGCGGAGGCAUGGGCGGCAUCCUUGACUACGGGAUCGAGGACGCCGAGGACAGCGACUCGUGCGACCGCAACGCCGCCGGGUUCAUCUCCGCCGUCGACGUCGCCGCUGCGCUGCCUCCGGGCUCGGCGAGCGUGUGCAUCAAGAUCACGGCGCUCUGCCCGAUCGCUCUGCUGGAGAAGACGAGCGACCUGCUUCGGUGGCAGAAGAAGCACCCGUCGUUCAACCUGCCAUGGAAGACGCACUCCUUCCCAAUCCUGUCGGAGUCCAGCCCGCUCCACCUGACCGCAUCUGAGCCGCCGGCGCUGACGGCGGAGGAGGAGAGGGAGCUGCAGCUGGCGCACGAGCGGCUGCUGGCGGUGUGCGCGCGGUGCGCGGAGCACGGCAUCCCGCUGCUGGUGGACGCAGAGUACGCGACGGUGCAGCCGGCCAUCGACUACUUCACCUUCGUGGGCGCGCUGGCGUUCAACGACGGCGCCGGCGAGCAGCGGCCCAUCGUGCACGGCACCUUCCAGGCGUACCUCCGCGACGCGCGGGACCGGCUGGAGGCCAUGGUGCGGUCCGCGGAGCGGGAGCGCGUGCGGCUGGGGCUCAAGGUCGUGCGCGGCGCGUACCUGACCCGCGAGACCAGGCUCGCGGCGGCGCUCGGCGUGCCGUCGCCCGUCCACGGCAGCAUCCAGGAGACCCACGACUGCUACAACGGCUGCGCCGCCUUCCUCCUCGACCGCGUGCGCCGGGGAUCCGCCUCCGUCAUGCUCGCCACCCACAACGUGGAGUCAGGCCAACUCGCGGCGGCGCGUGCUCAGGAGCUGGGGAUCCCCAAGGGAGACCGCAACCUGCAGUUCGCGCAGCUGAUGGGCAUGGCGGACGGGCUGUCGCUGAGCCUCCGCAACGCCGGGUUCCAGGUCAGCAAGUACCUGCCGUACGGGCCGGUGGAGCAGAUCAUCCCCUACCUCAUCAGGCGCGCCGAGGAGAACAGGGGACUCCUCUCCGCCUCCUCCUUCGACAGGCAGCUGCUCCGGAAGGAGUUGGUGAGGAGGGUCAAGACCGCGGUGGCGGGACGUGAGUGGAGUGAACUUGUCGAGCCUUGUGAGGGUCGGGUCGGGUCGACCGUGCCUGUGAAGGUGAAGCUGGGACAAGGGCGAGUUGAAGGCUAG